UUAAACCCCUGUUUCAUCAAACUACUUCAUCUCUCAAUCAUUCAAUAAUAUUGAGGAGAGUCUGAAUCUUUUCGUUGUUUCUGUAAAAGAAAAAAUUAAAAGAAAAAAACAUGUCGUCUUCAUCUCCAGCUAUGCUUCAGAGAUCGGAUUCAAUCGCUGACAAAAUGCCUGAUGCACUGAAACAAAGCCGGUACCAUAUGAAGAAAUGUUUUGCCAGCUUUGUUGGAGGAGGAAAGAAGCUUAUGAAGCGUGAGGAUCUGAUGAAUGAGAUAGAGAAAUGUAUAGAAGAUAGCCGUGAACGCAGUAAGAUCCUGGAGGGGCUGUUUGGCUACAUUCUCACUUGUACUCAGGAAGCGGCAGUGGUUCCACCAUUUGUUGCAUUAGCUGCAAGGCCAAAUCCUGGUUUCUGGGAAUAUGUUAAGGUCAACUCUGGAGAUUUAACAGUGGAUGAAAUCACAGCUACGGAUUACUUAAAGCUCAAGGAAUCUGUUUUCGAUGAAUCAUGGUCUAAAGAUGAAAAUGCAUUGGAAAUAGACUUUGGAGCCAUUGAUUUCACCACUCCUCGGCUAAGUCUUUCUUCUUCAAUUGGAAAGGGAGCUGAUUACAUCUCUAAGUUUAUAUCUUCUAAGCUUGGAGGCAAAUCCGAUAGGCUAGAACCUUUGUUGAACUACUUGCUUCACCUUAAUCAUCACGGAGAGAAUCUCAUGAUAAGUGACGAUCUCAGCACGGCUGCAAAGCUCCAGAAAUCUCUGAUGCUUGCCGUCAUUGUAGUCUCGACUUACCCAAAACACACGCCUUAUGAAACUUUUGCACACAGGUUGAAGGAGAUGGGAUUCGAGAAAGGUUGGGUUGUUUACAUAUUGGAUCAAGUAAGAGCUUUGGAAGAAGAGCUUCUCAUUCGAAUUAACCAACAAGGCCUCGGAUUCAAGCCUCAGAUUCUUGUGGUGACACGGUUAAUACCUGAAGCAAGAGGAACAAAGUGUGAUCAAGAACUAGAAGCCAUUGAAGGAACCAAGCAUUCUCAUAUUCUCAGGGUUCCUUUUGUUACGAAUAAAGGAAUCCUCCGUCAAUGGGUUUCUCGAUUCGAUAUCUACCCUUACCUGGAGAGAUUUACUCAGGACGCAACGAGCAAGAUUCUUCAACGCCUUGACUGCAAGCCUGACCUCAUCAUCGGAAACUACACAGAUGGGAACUUGGUUGCAUCUCUAAUGGCCACCAAACUCGGUGUCACUCAGGGAACGAUUGCUCAUGCGUUGGAGAAGACAAAGUAUGAAGAUUCAGAUGCGAAGUGGAAGGAACUAGAUCCUAAAUACCACUUCUCAUGCCAGUUCACAGCUGAUUUAAUCGCAAUGAAUGUCACUGACUUUAUCAUUACCAGCACAUAUCAAGAAAUCGCUGGGAGCAAGGACAGGCCAGGACAGUAUGAGAGUCACACUUCCUUCACAAUGCCUGGUCUAUGCAGAGUUAUCUCUGGCAUUGAUGUUUUUGAUCCUAAGUUUAACAUUGCUGCUCCUGGUGCGGAUCAAUCUGUAUACUUCCCUUACACAGAGAAGCAAAAACGAUUUACCAAGUUUCAUCCUUCUAUACAAGAAUUGCUUUACAAUGAGAAAGACAAUGCCGAACACAUGGGGUAUCUUGCGGUAAGAGAGAGACCGAUCAUCUUCUCAAUGGCCAGACUCGACACGGUGAAAAACAUAACUGGUUUGGUUGAGUGGUAUGGCAAAGACAAGAGACUUAGAGAGAUGGCUAAUCUUGUAGUCGUUGCUGGAUUCUUUGACAUGUCGAAAUCUAAUGACAGAGAAGAAAAGGCUGAGAUCAAGAAAAUGCAUGAUCUGAUUGAAAAGUACAAGCUCAAGGGAAAAUUCAGAUGGAUCGCUGCUCAAACCGAUAGAUACAGAAACAGUGAGCUCUACAGAUGCAUUGCUGAUACAAAAGGAGUCUUUGUUCAACCUGCUUUGUAUGAAGCUUUUGGCUUAACUGUUAUCGAAGCCAUGAACUGUGGACUCCCAACAUUCGCCACAAACCAAGGUGGACCAGCGGAGAUAAUUGUUGAUGGUGUCUCUGGUUUCCAUAUUGAUCCCAACAAUGGUGAUGACUCUGUUAAAAAAAUUGGAGAUUUCUUCAGCCAAGGCCGUACAGAUGCUUUGUACUGGGAUAGUAUCUCUAAGGGUGGUCUCAAACGCAUCUAUGAGUGUUACACAUGGAAGAUUUAUGCAGAGAAGCUGCUUAAAAUGGGAAGCAUUUAUGGAUUUUGGAGACAGGUGAACGAAGAUCAAAAGAAAGCGAAGCAGAGAUACAUUGACAUGCUCUACAAUCUCCAGUUCAAACAAUUGACCAAGAAAGUGACAAUCCCGGAAGAUAAACCUCUGCCUCUGAGACUGGCUACAAUCCGUAACCUCCUUCCCAAAAAACCAUCAUCUCUUGGAGCAGGAAGUAAGCAGAAGGAAGUCACAGAAACGGAAAAGACGAAACAGAAAAGUAAAGAUGGUCAAGAACAACAAGAUGUAAAGGUCGGAUCAAGAGAAGUAAGAGAGGGGUUGCUUGCAGCUGAAGCAUCAGAGAGGAUGAAGAAAGUUUUAGAAACUUCGGGAGAGAAACAGCAUCAAGAGAAGAUGAAGAUUGCGUACGGACAACAACAGAACCAAGGAGCUUCAUCGGUUCGGAACUUGUUCUGGUCAGUCGUGGUUUGUCUCUACAUCUGUUACAUUUUGAAGCAGAGGUUCUUUGGUGCUAACUCGGCUCAAGAGGAUUAAGAAAGUCUACCUCUGAUCGAAGUAACGUGAAAACAAAUAAAAUUUGUAAUGCAUAAAACUACUAUCGAUGUAAAAAUCAUCAAGUAAUAAAAUUCAUACAUUUGGCUUACCAAACUGGCCCAACUGUAUAUAUAA